AUGAACGAGCUGCAAAACCGCUUUGCGAAGCUAGGCAAGAGCUCAGGGCAAUCAGCCAGCCCGCCGCCAACGGAAGGGACUACAAUGGAACAAAAGCAGGCAGCUCUCCGUACGGCAUCCAACUUCCACAAGGACCCGAAAUCAGUGUCAAUGGCAGAUGCCCGCUCUGCGGCGUCCACGUUCAACAACUUCCGUCAACGACAUGGGGAGCAGGUCGCUGCCGGCGUCAAGAGUGCAAACAAUCUGAAUCAGAAGUACGGCAUUGCCGACAAGGUUGGAAAGUAUGCCGGGCAGGCCAGCGGGCAGCAGCAGCAGCAGGCGGGUAAUUCGAGUACCGCGUCUACGCCAUUGUCCCCGCCGCCCGGACUCGUGAACGCUCUAGGUAAGAAGAAGCCGCCUCCGCCUCCGCCGCCGAAGAAGAAGCCUCAGAUCGGCGGGGCACCUCAGCCGACGCCGCCCGGCGAUGAUGAGCCCCCUCCGAUUCCCUUGGCAACCAAGCCGACGUUCUAG